GAUCCGUGCGCCGAGAGGUUGCUAAGGGUGAAAGUUUGCCGUGAGUUGGCUCACUCGGGGCCAGGGCGCGGGCGGCUCUGGGGGCACAGCAGCGGCAUCCACGCCACAGCACCGGGCCCGCCCCGCGCCGUCGGGGACAAGGGAGGGAGGGGACGGACGAGACGGGGCAAAGCAGAGACGAGACCUGCCGGCAGCGCCCUCGGCCCCCGCGACAGCCGCCAGCAGCCGCCGGCCCUGGAUCCGAGAACGAAGUCUCUUUGGAGUCAAAACUUGUCUAUGUUUCUGUCAUUUUGUCACUUUUAAUACACUGCCCUGACUUGCUUGCUGGGAAGAGAGUAUGCAUCUGGAGAUCAAAGUUGCUCUUAACUUCAUCAUCUCAUACCUGUACAACAAGCUUCCUCGGAGGCGGGCAGACCUGUUUGGUGAGGAGCUAGAGCGCCUGCUGAAGAAGAAAUAUGAGGGUCACUGGUACCCAGAGAAACCUCUGAAGGGAUCUGGCUAUCGCUGUGUUCACAUAGGGGAGACGGUGGAUCCGGUGGUGGAGCUGGCAGCCAAGCGGAGCGGGCUGGCUGUGGAGGAUGUGCGUGCCAACGUGCCAGAAGAGCUGAGUGUCUGGAUUGAUCCUUUUGAGGUUUCCUACCAGAUCGGUGAGAAGGGCUCUGUUAAGGUUCUCUACCUAGAUGACAGUGAGGGCUGCAGUGCCACAGAGCUGGACAAAGAAAUCAAGAGCAGCUUCAACCCCGACGCCCAGGUAUUUGUCCCUAUCGGCAGCCAGGACAACUCGCUGUCCAACUCUCCGUCCCCCUCCUUUGGCCAGUCACCCAGCCCCACCUUCAUCCCUCGCUCUGCACAGCCCAUCACUUUCACCACUGCCACCUUUGCUGCCACCAAGUUCGGCUCGACCAAGAUGAAGAAGGGUGGAGGAGCCGGAGGAGGGGGCGGUGGAGCAGGGGCUGUGCAGCAGCCGAGAAUGGUCAGGUCUCCCACCACCAACCUGCUGAAGCACAAGGGCCUCUCCCUGUCCAUGCACUCUCUGAACUUCGUCGGGAGUGCUGGGAGCCAAGCCCCGCAGUCCCAGCUCUCCCCCAAUGCCAAGGAGUUCGUUUACAGCGGCGCCUCACCGGGAGCCAGCAGCCUCUUCUUCGAUGGUGUUGCCAGUGAGAGCCAGGCCAGCAGCAUCCCGCCAGCAUCGCAGUUCAACGCCAGCACGGGUGGUACCUUCGAUAUGGCUCAGGUCUUCGGUGGCAGCACCAAUAGCCUCUUUUUGGAGAAGUCUCCCUUCGUGGAAGGACUCAGCUACAACCUGAAUGCCAUGCAGUAUCCUAGCCAGUCGUUCCAGCCCGUCGUCCUGGCCAACUGAAUACAACAGAAGGAGAGUAUUUUGGGGCAGGGAGGGAGGGGGGAAACAAGAACAAAACAAACAAACAAGAGGGAGAGAAAAGAAAAAUAGAAAUAUACAGAAAAUAUUAAAACCUUACAAAUAUAGGUUCUUGGGAAAAGAGA